AUGCUGCUCAUAUUCCGGCGAACGCCGCCCCUCUCGCCGCUAGGGCUCGCCCUCAGGCGAUACUCGAAACUACCGAGUCUACGAAAACAACAUCUCCUAUUUGCCACCACAACAAGCCUGAAAAACGGCUCCUUCAAACGUUUUGCAUCCCACAGUACCAGGGAGAAGGUUUCUCCGAAAUUGACACAGCCUGAACGGGUCAUUCUGGACAUUGAGCUCCAGGAGAGAUAUAUCAGUUAUCUACGAGAAGCAGGGAAGCUAUCUGAGGAAGAUUUGACGGCUAUUAGUGGGUUUUUCAACCAGGCGAUCGAAUUGGCGUCGGGCGAGCUUUCCAAGGAAGCGUACGGGUUUGUGGUGAAGUUCUGGCUUACAGUGUUUCGAGAACACCGAGGAGGCCCUGCUUUGCAGAGGAUCUUGCUUAGGUCUAAAGAUAAGGUUGUGAAUCUUUGUGUGAACAAUUUGGAUUACGUGAAAUACGUCGAGUGCAUGGGCCAUGUGCCUGGGAAGGAGUGGGCAGAUACGGUAGCGCAGACGCUUCGGUUCCAGGUUCUGGGAAAGGGAGAGCUUCAGUUUGACAGUUCGAGCAUCCGGGCGUUUCUCAGGGGUGACCACGAUUUGGAAGCGAAACGGAGGAUGUUGGCGACGUUUCUUCGGAAAGCGCUUCUUUAUUCGCUGAAAUAUGAUAUGCCCAAAGUGGUUUCUGCGUUUUUUGGGUUUGCCAACGACGUGGGCGACGGGAACUUGCUUUUGAUUAAACCAGAACAUGCUGUUUACCGCCAGGCACUUGCGCUUUUGAGUUUUCCUGGCGAAAAGACGUCGGUUGCUGCACAUAUCCAACUGCUAGGACGUCUUCUUCUGGGGACAGAAAACGGCGAUAAAGCUGUGUUUUCCAAUCUUCUAACGUCACUAAUGACGGCAAUCGCUCAGAAACGACCCCAGGUGGCGCUCGAGUACUGGAAAUACAAGGCAGAAUCGUUGGUGGUGCCCAAACCCAAGGUAAACGAGUUUCUCACACUGCACGAUCUUCUGACGGCCAUGUGGGCGCUACUCCGUAAAAACGACUACCAGGAGUGUCUUGAGCUUUAUCCAAAGUACCCACACCUUCACAGCGACCAGCAGAUCGAUAUAUUUUUGAAAAUCAGUGAAAAGACAAAAGACUGGCAACAUCUCCAAAAACAGUUUGAAGAUAUGUACGGUCGUGGCGAACUUCCUUAUGUUCAGCACUAUUCCAUUGUUAUGAACGCUUUGGCGUCGAUUAAAGUGGUUAAAGAAGUGGACGAGCUUUAUGAGCAGCUUCUCAGAAGAAAAUUGAAGCCUACUUGUGAAAUCCACGCUGCCAUCAUCAAAAGCAGAUUAGCCAUCAACGAUUACGCUGGCGCCGAAGAAAAAUUUGAAGAGUUCCUCCAAAACUACGAAAACGGCGCCGUCGUUCAAGGAAGCGUUGCUCGUGUACAUGCUCUUAUAUUUGAACUCCAUUUCCAUGCCAGUACGCUUCCCCGGCUCAUGAAAGCUCUACAGGAAGUCAUAGACAGACAGAAAACAUGCACGGUGCCGUUGAUCGACACGAAGUUUCUCUGUGACGUGAUAAAAACCGUGGGAGCCAAUUAUGGAGUUCGUGAGCUCGAACAGUUAUGGGAGAUUGCUGAGCGGUUUUCCAUGAAGACUGAAGAAGUGUAUGAAAAGACAAUUAAUGCACUUUCGAGGUUUGGCGAGUACGAAAAAGCCGAUAAACUCACGUUUGAAGCACAUUUGGAGUCGGCAGUUCCGUUCACCAGCUCAGUUAUUGCCAAAGCGCAGCUUAAAAACUUACGAAGCUGGUAUAAUGCAACCACCGAUGGUGAAAUCAGGCCUUACAUUGCAGCCAAAGCCAUGACGAUCAUAAAAGGCGUUGAUCUGGGGAAAUUUUCACUAAACGGCCGUUCCAAGUUGCUUUUGGAAGCCAUCAAGUUCGAAUUGGCCAUAAACAGAAGAGGAACCGCUAGAGCGUACCUCGACCAAGCCAUAACCUUAGAAGGCGUCUCUGAAGAGCACUAUAUUCCGUUUUUGAAGUACCAUUGCAAUGCCAGAUCAUACAAAGGCGCCAGUGCUGUUUUGGAGCUAUACAGAGAAAUGGCUGGCAACAGGAUCGUCUUGACAUCAAAAACGUAUGUGUAUUUGAUCAAAGCGUUGGUGGAGAUCGACAGAAGCAACUCAGCCAACUACGUCAAUUCAUAUAAGUUGUUGGAAUCGGUUUUCGAGCUCUAUGGGUUAUCUUUGUUUGAACACAUCAAACCCUUGAGAGCUUCUGCUGGAGACAUGUACUACCAUGCUGAAAACCUUCUUAGAGUGGUGACAACGUACGUUAGAGCGACCACGAAUAAGAACGACGAUGCCAAAAUGGACCUUGUGGUGCAUUUCCUUAACCAGAUGAAAGAUCGUCUUGGGAACUGUAUUCCUCUUCGGUUCAGGCUUGCUAUUUUCAAAGAAAUGGGCAUUCUUUAUAGGUUGAUUGGCGAUAACGAAACCGCCAGACGGUUAGCAUUAAAAGCUCUUGACGAACUUAACGAUGUUGCUGCCCAUUACAGAAAAGGCCAGGAAGAGUCUUUCUUGGAACCAGUGCUUCCCAAGCUUCUCCAGCUCGAUUACAGACAAGUGUAUGAAGUGUUGCUUCCAGUUUACCGAGAGCUCCAGGCUCCGUCGGAAGAAUAUCAGAGAUUGGCCCAAACUGCACUCACAUAUAAUGUUCACCUUGCUGGACCCAUUUUCCGGCCAAUUAUCGAACAUAUCAUGAAAGAAGAGCCCACUGAAUCCAAAGUACGAACCAUUCUCGAUAUUUGUGAACGGUUCCUUGUCGCUGGAAGCUGGGUGGAAGUCAACAUCGAGAAGAAACAACAGUUUAUUUAUAAAUUGUACAUUCUUUUUCUCACCAGGAGCAUGCCCACGCAACGAAUCAUGGACAAUUACGUUCUUUUCAACAAGUACUAUAAUGUCAGAAGCAUUGACGAGCUUAAAGAAGAGUUCAAGCACGUGGGAAACCUUGCUGAGGCUUUACAGUGUGCUCUAGACGAAUACGGCGUUAUGACGUCGUUCACAUGGAAAGUACACGCUUUGGUGAAAGAUCCACAUAAAUUCUUCUUGCCUGGACGAAGCAUUCCGUCGAAAAACGUCAUGGACCACCGGAUGUCUGCCAAAAUUUAUGCUUAUAUUGGAAAGUACAGUCUGGACGACCGAACCAAGGCAUUCAAGCUUUAUGACGAUUUCCCAGAUACCGUGGAGUACCUUCUUUAUUAUGGCCAGGCCAGAACAAGGCUUCAGGGCCUCAGACGAGAAAUAGACGAGAUUCGGCCGCCGCCAGCGUUUUCCACCAACGAAGGGCGAAAAAACAGGAGAUUCAGAACCCUAGGAGCUUUAAGACAGUCGAUGAAGCUCUUAUCGCAUUGA